CUUCCAUCUCUUCCAUUAGAACAACAGCAGAGCCAUGGGAACAGAGAAUUCCAAACAUGCUCCUCCCCCUUCACCUGCUCCAUUGUUCGAUAGACCAUGGAGGACAAUUGAGUGGGGCACUGGCAAAACUGCCAAUCUGUUGUACUUGAAGACCUACAAACCUCAGGCUGAGGGUCGGCAGCUCAGGAUUCUCCUUCAUGGUCCGGUCGGAGCUGGAAAGUCCAGUUUCAUCAACUCUGUCAGCAGUGCCUUAAAAGGGAGAAUAUGCACACUGGCUUUGGUGGACAACACCUCUCACGACUCUUUCACCACAACAUAUUUAACCUACAACAUCCAAAAAGACAAACCAGGGACCUUUUACCCUUUUGUCUUCAACGACAUCAGGGGCCUGGAUCCACAGAAAGGCGUCCUAGUGGAUGACAUCGAACUGGCUUUGAUGGGACAUGUGAAGGAAGGCUACAUGUUCAAUCCUGGAUGUAAAUUGUCAGAAGGCAACGAGUUCUACAACAAAUCUCCAACUGAUAACGACAAAGUGCACGUUCUGGUUUGUGUGGUUCCUGCUCACACAUUAUCUUCAAUGAACGACAAAACUGUGUGGGAAAUUCGGGACGUCAGAAUGAAAGCCAGUCGCCUGGGUGAGAGCAGAGAUCAAAUAGUUGCAUUCUUUCUCUGA